CCUAUGUUGCUGCCUAAGAUGUAGGGGUCCAGAAGGUCUCCCCACGGGAGAGAAUCCCCUGUUCCCUCGUAGGUGUUAAGUUUGCAAAAGUUCGUAUCUUAAUCCGAUUCUGUCAACUUCUUUGAUUCCUCACUCUCUUCUAUCUCCUGUCUCAGUUUUGAUUAAAACAUCGAUCAAUAUUAGUAUCAGCUUCCAAAAUGCAUCACCUCCGUGACUCCCUACUAAGCUCUCUACCGAGAGACGGUCCUUCUACUGCAGCAAUCGACCACGCUCGCAGAGACCAAGAAGACACCCGACAGGCCGUCGCACGUGGUGAAUACCAAGGAGUCCGAGACAUAGCCUUCAGCAAUCGGACCUGGGUCGUGACCAGCCGAUACUGCGACAUCGGAGAUGGCGUUGACUCUCUCGAGAGUCACAUCCAUUCUCUAUGGUACAUGUACUACGAGCUUGGGCGAACUAUUUUCUCGGAUUCACCUGAGCGCGAGGGACUAGUCCUCGACAUCCUCCGCAUCCAGGGAAUGGGUCCAUUGACAAGACCCUCACGGGGUGUCAACGGCAUCGAUAUCGCACGAACUGCCGAUGGUACAUUAUGGAACGACCUCCCCUUCCUUGUUGGCGAUAUGACCGAUUUCUGGAUUAAUCACAGUGCAUCUAUGUCGGGAACACACCGGCUGAAUUUUGCUACAUUCCUGGCUAAACUUGCCUCUACGCGUGUUGCGAAGGAUAGACUGGGCCAAGUUGCUCUACUCAUCUUCCGUACCCUGUUUGAAAGUCCCCUGCAACUUCGCUCAGGGAAAGAGUCUGACGAGGAAGAUGUCAACAGAGGUACAAAGCAGCUGGAGGUGUUUCAUCUAUUACCGUCUGCUGUUGCUUGGUUGAAAAUAGCAAACCACAACCUGCUUCUGCUAUCCGAGGUAUAUUGGAACGACUGUCCAAGCCACAUCAGCAAGGGUGGUGAGACGUUCAUUGUAUCGGAUCUCGGACAGCGGUCACCUACAGGGUUCUCGCCAUGGAGAUACAUGUUCUGGCUGAGGCGACUGCAUGAGAUCCAUGAUGAGGCCUCACAGGCGGAUGAGAAAGCUCUGGAGGAGCUCGCUGCUGAUGGUAUCCAAUAUAUGGUCAAUACGAUCAAGGAGAGGAAUUCUGAGGUUCUCAGAGCAUAUAAGAAAGGUGGAGAUGCCUUGCAUCAGGAUAAGUAUCUUUCGUGUCUGAAGACUCUUGCUCGCGUUGAGGAGUAAGAGCUGUGGAGAUUUGUGAAAUUCUGAUGGAGAGAUUCCUCCUUCGUGUCCUUCCUUCUCAGUCUCUUAAGACCUUCAAGAUGAAUGUCAACUUUCUCUCUAGGCUUCUUAUUAUUCGUUUUUUGUGAGAUUCUCAUCUCUAUUUUUCUUUGUCAUGAAGGUGUAGUAUAACCUGAGGAACAGAACUAUGGUCACGCAACGACAUACACCCGUAUAUUUGUCGAUUUGGACUAAGCUGCCUACAAUAGUAAGUCAGCUUGAAGAACUCGAUGAUAACUAAUUAGUCCUUCCUCCAUUAACAACGACUACAUUAUACAUCAGAGCCGUACGUAGUAGUAAAUCGCCUUCUGUAACAUGGUCAGCAGUCACGAUCUAAAGAGUC